AUGUUAAGACCGGUCGACAUAGUAUACACUCUGCUCGCCAUCCUACAGCAAAUGGUGCAUUCGCAAGACAUUAAUACUUUGGCUCGAAAAAUAUACCACAAAAACGGCACCUCAGUGCCCAUAGAAAUCUACGUCAGCUACACGAACAACCCGUGGGGGCCGUCGGCCUUGUUGGAAACCGGCCAAUCAGGCGGCAAAAACCAAUACAGACCCAAAAGGAGUGUGUAUCAGCUGUACAACAUGGUCGUGUGCGCCACAGGUUGCAAUCCGAUUUCUUACCUCGGCUACGGCUGUUACUGCGGGUUCCUGGGUUCUGGAUCACCUGUUGAUCCCAUAGACAACUGCUGCAAAAUGCACGACUGGUGCUACGACAGUGCCGAUUGCCCAAUGUUCCUCGAAUACUUUACGCCGUACGUCUGGACGUGCUACAACAAGAAACCAUUGUGUUCAUUGGGAGGUGGAUGCAGUCAGCGGUUGUGCGAGUGUGACCAAAAGCUGGCCAUGUGCUUGAGACGUUUCGGGUGCCCUACACAGAAGGCUCUUUGCAAGACGAGUCCGUGGAGAUGGUUCCAGAACAUGUUGUUCUGA